UAUUUUACCAACACAAAUGUUUCAUCUUUGUUUUCUAUUCCUGUUGUUAUCACCGGUUAAAAGUAAUGGCGAAACCAUUACCACGUUUCCUGCUAUUCUCAUAUUCGGUGAUUCAACGGUCGAUACGGGUAAUAACAACUACAUAACGACAGCCGUUAAAGCUAACCAUUACCCUUACGGAAAAGACUUCCCAGCCCACUUUCCAACGGGCCGGUUUUCAAACGGAAAGUUAACCGUCGAUUUCUUGGCGUCUAUGUUAGGGGUAAAAGAGUCGAUUCCACCAUUCCUAUACCCCGGUCUUUCCACCUAUGAGCUAGUUACAGGUGUCAGUUUUGCAUCAGCUGGAACUGGUUAUGAUACCCUCACUACUGCUAUCACUAGAGUUUUACCGAUGUCUAAGCAAGUUGAAUAUUUCAAGAGUUAUAGCGAGAGAUUGAAGAAGAUUGUUGGGGAAAAAGAAGCGCGGAGGAUUAUAAAUCGUGCGUUGGUUGCUGUUAGCGCGGGUACUAACGACUUUAUCUUCAAUUUUUAUGAUGUUCCAACAAGGCAAGCCGAGUUCAACAUUUACAACUACCAAGAAUUCAUCCUAGAAAGACUUCACGACUUUGUUAAGGAGCUUCAUACACUUGGUUGCAGAACAAUGCUAAUAGCCGGGCUUCCACCUAUUGGCUGUCUACCAAUACAAAUUACAGCUAAGUUUAAAGAACUAGAUAGAAAAUGCAUAUCGCAACAAAAUGUGGAAGCUCAAGCCUAUAACAAAAGGCUUAAAGAACUUACGUUUCAAAUACAGAUGUCUCUUAAAGGAAGCAGAAUCUUCUAUGUAGACAUAUACAAGCCGAUAAUGGACAUGAUUAGAAGUCCAGAAAUACAUGGUUUUACUGAAACCGUGAAGGGCUGCUGUGGAACAGGGUUGUUGGAAGCGGGACCUAUAUGCACCCCACUCACUCCAUUGUGUCAGAACUCGUCUGAAUAUUUGUUUUUCGAUAGCAUUCAUCCUAGUGAAAAAGCUUACCGUUAUGUUACGGAAUGCCUUAUGAAAGAAAUCAUUGAUAAGUUGUAGAAAGUACAUAAAAUUAUUCACUAGUUUGUGCAUAUAAAUCAA